GCGACAGCGUGGCCACAAGCCACCGGGGAAAAUACUCGUUUCCUCGACUCGCUAACUUUCAGUUUACUACUUGCGGCUCGAGAGUGCGCACAGGUGCAUCAUUAACGUUCCAUCAGCUGUAAAUAAGCCCGCGAUUGAGACCUCGCCGAUUCGAUCUGAAGGCUCGUGGACUGAAAUUGUUUCGUUCAGUUUGUCAUUCGGAGAAAGGAGAGAAAACUUUGAAUUUCGUUGCGGAGUAAUUUGAAUGAGUUUCUUUAAAAAACGUGAGUGCCGAGCUGCGUUUAAAUCAGUGCGAAUCAAAUUUUAUUUUCGUUUGAACUUUCGAAAGUAACCUUCGCCCAUCAGUUGAAUAACGAGCAGAUUCUGCGGGGGGAAUCCCGAGUGUAAAAAAAAUGGAUUUUUUUGAAUUUUCAUCAAACUUCAUUUAGAAGAACAUCAGGAGCGGCCGAGUAUAAUUACGGAGAGCUGCUGAAACGUGAGAAAGAAAUGAGGUGCGCAGCGAGACUAUCGCGGUUAAUUGACUACGAGAUCAAGCAAAACACAGUGCGAUAAUUAAUCAGGGGCUUUUCCGCGUAAGCGGGAGUCUCGGCCCCCACGCGGACGCGGCGGAGCUAAAGUUAGUGAAAGAAGCGAGGCGAGAUAUAUUUGUAGCGAGUAAUGAAAUUACAGGUUAAGUAAAAGUGAGUGAAGAAGCGCGGUUAUCCGAGUCGACUACAUGAUUCGAUCGGAGAACAUUGGCCGAGACGAGAAUGAGCUGUUAUGUCAACGAUUAAGAGACCAUUUACUUGACGAAAGCGUCGAAUAAAACGAGCAGUUCUAAGAUGGCGAUUAAUGGGGAUAAGGACGGUAACACGAGGUCAGAAAAAGCGAGAAGGAUCUUCGAAUCUUCGAGGCGCGUGCGUUACAAACUCGCGAGUAUCCUCGUCCUACUCCUCUGCCUUAUGCGUCCCUGCUUCGCGAGAAACCAUCCGCCGAGGUUUCUCAUCGAUGGGCAAACGGAAAUUGUGGUCAGACUGAAGGAAGGCCCCGGAACUCCCGUUGGCAGCCUCAUUUACAGACUGAGGGGAGUCGACUCGGAUGGUGACAAACUUACGUUCGGAGUCAGAGAUCAACCUGGCAGCGAGGUCAUAAGAGUUGACAAUUUCAAUCACAACGAGGCCAACAUUUACUUGAAUAAACUGCUCGAUCGAGAAACGAGAGACGAGUACGCGUUGGUGCUCACCCUCACGGACGAAAAAUUGGGCGAAGGAAACUUCAUAACUCAGAGUCUUCUCAUCCUCGUUGACGACAUUAAUGACAACGUACCGAUCUUUCGACCCCAUCCAACCACUCUGACCGUACGCGAAGACUCCGGGCCCGGCAUUCUGACUACGGUCGUCGCGACCGACGCCGACGAAGGCGCUCACGGCCAAGUCGUCUAUCACCUUCAAGAAUUGGACGGCGACAACGGAGUUUUCUCCAUCUCGACCACCAACGGGACCGGAGUCAUCAGACUCGUCGGGGAUCUUGACUACGAGAGAAAAUACUUGUAUCAGUUGAGAGUCCUCGCGGUCGAUCGAGCCAUUGACGAAAAGCUAAACACCGGAACAACCGCGAUUCUGGUAAAGAUCCAGGAUGUCGAGGAUCAACCACCGGAAUUUAUCGCCAUGACACCGGUUGCGAGAAUCAGUGAGAACGUAAGGAUCGGAACGUCGGUGCUGCAAGUGAGAGCCAUCGACGGUGACAAGGGCAUAAACAACCGAGUCACGUACAGCAUAACAGAAGGACCAAAGUACCUGUUCGACAUCGACGCCACAUCCGGAAUCGUCUUCACUCGUGGGCAGCUCGACAGAGAAGCUGAAGAGAACAGCGACGGUACUUUCAUCCUCGAGAUCACGGUGAAAGAAGUUUCGAAAAUGGUCCCCCCGCCCUCGGUGUCGACCGAGGUCACGAUCAUCCUGACGGACGUUAAUGACGAAACGCCGAGAUUUCGGAGUCCAAGAUACUUGGCGGAGAUCAACGAGAAUGCGCCGCAAAACACUCCCGUCAAUUUCAUCGCUGAUUCCAUACCGGAAGUCUACGAUCACGAUCUGGGAACGAACGGCACGUUUCGCAUGUUCAUCGACGGCGACAACGGGAUAUUCGACGUGACGCCAUCGCGAGGCAUAAACGAGGCGCCGUUUCUUAUCCGCGUGAAAGAUCCCACGAAAUUGGAUUUCGAGAGACUAGCAGUCAUCAACUUCACCCUCGUGGCUCGGGAGAUGGUGCCGUUUCAGCCGAAAUACAGCGCCGUCCCGGUGACCGUUUUUGUCAAGGAUCAAAAUGACAACUAUCCGGAAUUCACAAUGGACGUUUACGAGGUUGAUCUCUACGAGAACUGCCAAAUUGGAACGACCGUCGCGUGGGCUCAGGCCCUCGACGAAGACAGCGGCAAUUACGGCACUCGAGGCAUAAGAUACACGAACCUGGGCGGAAGCAUAGCUCACGCACUGCACUUGAAUUCUACGACGGGGAAGAUCACCGUGAAGCAAACUGGGCUGGCGUUCGACCGAGAGCUCGUUUCCCGACACUAUUUGACCGUUGAGGCUCGCGACGACCUCGGCAAGGGGAACCGAAACACUGCCCAGUUGAUAGUCAACAUAAAAGACGUGAACGACAAUCCGCCGGUGUUUCUUCAGAACAAAUACGAGGCCGUGCUUUUGGAGAACAAGGACGAGUUCGAGUCGCCCCCCCUUUUGGUGGAGGCCUUCGACAUCGAUUUAAACGGCACGAAAAAUAGCGAGAUCGUCUACUCGCUGGUCUCGUCAGAAUUCUCAAGGAAUUUUACCAUCGAUCCAAAAGCCGGUGUCGUCAGACCAGCUUCGCCGAUGGACUACGAGGCUCUGCCCGUCAUCGCUCAAGGACAACGGGAGAGCUCCGUCCGGCCCUUGAGACUGACCGUGAGAGCUCGUGACACGGGAACACCGAGCCUCAGUUCUGAUGCUCCUUUGACCGUUUAUCUCAAGGACCUCAACGAUAAUGGGCCAGUUUUCGAGCGAGCUUUGUACAAGAAAAAUAUUCCGGAAGAUUUGGAAGGUGGAACGACUGUCCUCCAGGUUAAAGCUUGGGACAAGGAUCUUUCGUCACCGAACAACAAAGUCGUUUACAGAAUACAAAGCGGAGCCGGUGACAAAUUCGUCAUCUCACCCGAGACUGGAAUCAUCAGCGUGGCCUCAGGAUCCAAUUUGGACCCGGAUCUUACCUCCCCAAAAACUACGAGAUACAGCCUCGAUGUCGUGGCCAUCGACAGCGGCACCGAAGCCCAAAAAACUGCUCGGGUCCUCGUCGAUAUCACGAUCGUCGACGUCAACAAUAAACCACCAGUUUUUAUCGAUCCUGGAACCGUUGCCAUCAGGGAAAACACUCAAGUUGGGGCUUACGUGCAUCGCGUAGUCGCGAACGAUCCCGACAUCGCUCCGAUCUUGCGAUACCGAAUUGAUCCGAACUCCUCCGAAGCUAGAAACGAGGAGGGAACAUUGAUUCGAAUACAAGAGUACGAUUACUUGGGAGCUCUGGAAUUGAACGCGAUCGAUGGCUUGCUCAGGGUGAUAAGAAUUUUGGACAGAGAGAGAGUGGAGACGAUCAGACUGGGCCUCAUAGUCGAGGACUUGGCAGCUGUCAGAGGGCUGCAAACCGCUUCCGCUAUGCUGAGCAUUAUAAUCGAGGAUGAAAACGACAACAACCCGAAAUUUCGAAGACCCUUCUACAGACGAUCGGUCACUGAGAACAGUAAAAACGGAGUCCACAUUGCGAGCAUAGUGGCCGAUGACGCUGACAAGAACCGCAGCAUCACUUACAGCGUGGAAAGCCCGAAAGAGAUAACCGAUCUCGUGCACGUAGACUCCGAGACGGGGGAAAUGGUCGUGGCGAAUAAAAUCGAUCGGGAAAUUCAUUCGUGGCUCAACUUGACGGUCAGAGCUACCGAUUCGGGGAUCCCGCCGAGAUCGAGCCUGUCGGAAGUUUACGUACAAGUGCUCGACGAAAACGACAACAAUCCCUACUUCGUAACCGACUUGAGCAACGUAACAGUCUCCGAGAAUUCGAAAAUCGGCACUGAGAUCACGAGAAUCGAAGCGAAAGAUCCGGACAGCGGUGAUUUUGGAAAAAUCACUUUCCUCCUCGACCGGAUGUCGUCACAGGGCAAGUUUGCCAUGCAUCCGGAAACGGGCUCGUUAACGGUCGCCGAUAAUCUCGAUUGGGAAACGAAAAGCAGCUACGUUCUCAUCAUCGAAGCUUGGGACAAUUAUCAGUUCGGAUACACCGCCGGGGAGUCGAGAAACGCAUUCAAGCAAAUCGAAGUGAUCGUUCAGGACGUAAACGACAACGCGCCGAUGCUCGAACUGCCUCAAGAGUGCGUAACGAUUUCGGAAUUUCACGAUACGAGGGACGUCAUUGCGAUUGCGAGAGCCAAAGAUAUCGACGAUCCCAUGACCCCGAAUGGUCGAGUAAUGCUGCGAAUAGUGUCCGGCAACGAGCUUGGUUUCUUCAUUCUGGAGCAAACGGAUUAUUGGACAGCGAAAAUAAAAGCUGCUGGAUCGUUGAGAGGAAAAUUUGGCAAUUAUUCGCUCGAACUCGAGGCUCGGGAUCUCGGCACACCUGCCAACAUCGAUAACGAACGAUUGGACAUUUGUGUCACCGAUUACAACGACAAUCCUCCGAUUUUCACGAGUCCCGAGCACAACACGACCCUGCGGGUUCCCGAGAACGUCACCGUGGGCACUCCGAUCAUUCGAGUCGAAGCUAAAGACGCUGACACGGGCCUGAACGGCGACGUUCAUUACCGACUCAAACAAGACCUUGCCGGACACUGGAGAACUUUUCAAAUUGAUGAUAAAACUGGAGUUAUCACAACGAAACUUCCCCUGGACCGAGAGACCCAGAGAUUAUACGAAAUCAGAGUCGAGGCACGCGAUUUAGGGACCCCGACUCCGCUGAGUUCGGACCUCGACCUGAUGAUCUACGUGCGCAACAUAAACGACUACGAGCCUCAAUUUCUCGUCGAUAUAUUCGAAGUUCGUUUCACCGAGGAGAAUGUACCGGGCUCGGAAACGAUUUUGCUACCGGAAACGAUCGAUCGCGACGAGGUUGACGAUCUCGACGAUCCGCCAACGCAGGUCUGCUAUUUCAUCGUCGGUGGCAACGACGAUGGAUUCUUUACUUUGGAUAUUUUCAAACACGAGCUCAGCACUGCAAAAAUCCUGGACAGAGAACAGCAGGAAGAAUAUUUGCUUUUAAUAAAAGCCACCGAAGAUUGCACCACCGUCCCUGGCAACCAAAGUUUCUUCGACGAGACCGACGACACUCUCCUCAAGGUAAUCGUAACGGUCGAUGACAUCAACGACAAUCCGCCGAAAUUCGUCAGCAAAAUAUUCACAGGUGGCGUCACAACUGACGCGGACUUUGGCACGCAAUUUAUGCACGUCAAGGCCAUCGACGUUGAUGCAGGCGACAACGCUGCCGUCAGUUAUUACCAAAUCGGUCAGAUCCAAAUGACCUUGACGGAGGGUCUCGACGACAUUAAAUUGCAGCCGUUCCUCGUCGACAGACUCACCGGUGCAGUGAGCCUCAAUUUCGAUCCUCAACGAAGAAUGAAAGGGUACUUCGAUUUCGAAGUUCUCGCCAAUGACACCGACGGUUUGUUCGACAAAUCGAGAGUCUUCAUUUACCUCUUGAGAGAGGAUCAACGAGUUCGAUUCGUUUUACGUCAACAUCCACCGGAAGUACGAAACCGGAUCGAUUCGUUUCGGGAAAUUUUGGGCAACGUAACGGGUGCUAUAGUGAACGUGGACGAGUACAAAGUUCACGAGAAUCAGGACGGUUCGGUGGACCGUACGAGGACUGAUUUAUAUCUGCACCUGGUGAACCGUCGUGACAAUUCGAUUCUCGAGGUGUCCGAGGUCCUCGAGAUCGUCGAUAGAAAUAUUGAGAAGCUGGACAACCUUUUCAAGGAUUUCAACGUGCUCGAUACGCAGCCGGCUCAGUCGCAACAAAUAAUGCAGUACGAGCAAGCCGGCACGACCUUUUGGCUGCUCGCUUUGACCCUGUUUUUGGGAGCCCUUUUGGUCCUGUGUAUGGCUCUUUGCCUCUCGCAACGAGCAUCUUUCCGACGUCAACUCAAAGCAGCCAAUGCCACACCGUUUGGCACCACCGAUUCUGAAUUCAUUCGAGGACCUGGAAGAGUCCCCAACACCAAUAAACACAGCAUGGAAGGAUCCAACCCAAUAUGGAUGCACGCUUACGAAAACGAGUGGUUCAAAAGCGACGAAUCUUACAGCCACAAUUCGGAGAGGGAUUCGUUGGACGAAAACGCCCUGAACAACGAAGAAAUAUUGAACGACGUGGAGACCCACGACAGGAAUUCAGACGAAAAUCCUUACUACAUUCGUCCCAGGCCAGCCUCGCUUUCCAGCGUGGACAGUGGCACCGACGAUCAACACGGUUCCAGUCAAGACUCGCCCAUCGCACGUGAACAAAAUCCCGUUAUCAAUAAUCCUCUUGGCAAGAAAAUUGAAACGACAGAACUUUAGCCCGAGAAGAAAAGCAGAAGGAAAGCCUUGAAACGUCGAAAAGUGAUUUUCAGUUAUGAAGGGUUUACCUUCUCUGUAAUCUUUAAUCGUCCCCUUAGAUCUAACGUUAUCUCCUGUAAAUAGUCGUCGAUAUAUUUUGUACUUAAUAUUUAUUGACAUUCGGAAAGUACCGAGCGGGUGCCACACACGAUUUCAGAGAAUAAUUAUUUAUUUUCGAUCCAGUACUUCGCUCAAUAUUCAUUCGAGAUUUUUUUCCCUCCCGCUGCGAAAUGCCACGGCAUCAGAAUCGAGAGCCCAGUGGAUUCGUGACGGAUCCUGAUCAAAGAACCAGGCACGAAAAUGCUAGGGGAAAGCGGACGAUGAAUUUGAGCUUUUCAGUGUCGCGAUGACGCUCGAUUGAAUAAAAUUGGGAGGAAAACGCAAA